AGCAUGCCAGCCCUAAGUUGUAGAUUUUACCAACAUAAAUUUCCAGAAGUGGAUGAUGUGGUAAUGGUGAAUGUGCGCUCCAUAGCAGAAAUGGGAGCCUAUGUCAGCCUGCUGGAGUACAACAACAUUGAAGGCAUGAUUCUUCUCAGUGAGCUCUCCAGAAGACGUAUUCGCUCCAUUAACAAGCUUAUUCGCAUUGGACGAAAUGAGUGCGUUGUUGUUAUCAGAGUAGAUAAAGAAAAAGGUUAUAUUGACUUAUCAAAAAGAAGAGUUUCACCUGAAGAAGCCAUCAAAUGUGAAGACAAGUUUACAAAGUCCAAAACUGUGUACAGCAUUCUUAGGCAUGUGGCUGAAGUUCUGGAGUAUUCCAAGGAUGAGCAGUUAGAGAGUCUGUUUCAGAGGACAGCAUGGGUUUUUGAUGAAAAAUACAAGAGACCAGGCUAUGGAGCAUAUGAUGCCUUUAAACAAGCUGUCUCAGACCCAGCAGUCUUAGAUGGCCUGGACUUGACAGAAGAGGAGAGAAAUGUGUUAAUUGACAACAUCAACAGACGACUCACCCCCCAGGCAGUAAAAAUUAGAGCAGACAUUGAAGUUGCUUGCUAUGGCUAUGAAGGAAUUGAUGCUGUUAAAGAGGCUCUGAGAGCAGGUCUUAGUUGCUCCACUGAAGCUAUGCCCAUUAAGAUCAAUCUGAUUGCUCCUCCACGAUAUGUAAUGACCACCACGACGUUGGAAAGGACUGAAGGCCUAUCAGUACUAAAUCAGGCCAUGGCAGCCAUUAAGGAGAAGAUAGAAGAGAAGAGAGGAGUGUUUAAUGUUCAAAUGGAGCCUAAGGUUGUGACAGACACUGAUGAGACAGAGUUAGCACGACAACUUGAGCGACUAGAGCGAGAAAACGCAGAGGUGGAUGGGGAUGAUGAUGCAGAAGAAAUGGAGGCAAAAACAGAAGACUAAAGAUCAUUGUUGCGGAGGUGUGAGAUUAACAGACAUGGAAAUAACUUGCUAUAGUGAUUACAGACCAAGGACUCAAUUCAGUGUGAAAACACCCCAAAGUACUUUUAUUAUAAAGUAUUUUAAGCAAAAUCCACACCUUUUCAACUGUUUUAAUCAUUUAGAAUAUUAUAUCCAGUGGCCUUCCCAUUUUGAGCCAUUUUUCUUUUAAGUAUUCAUUUACUGUUCCACUGUUGAAGUCGUUUGGGUGGCUCAGGGUUAUAUACAAUUAGGACAUCAUUUGAUGAAAAAUUUGUGCUUUAUCUAAAAAGUGCUUUGAAAAAAAACUAAAAAUUUUUGUUAUGACUGAGAAAAAUGAAUGAAACCAUACAUCAAUAAAUCUGACAUUUAAAUAAUAA